AUGGCCAUGGGCAUCCAGCAGCAGAACCACCACCACCAGGGAUCACCGCCCAUGUUCCCCGGCGACUUUGUCGACUACGGCGGCCAGUAUGAGACAAACGACCGCCAGCCGCGAAACACCAACAACGGCACCGGCAACGGUCGCUACCGCCGCCCUCGAUCCCCCUCCCUCGACGACGACUCUCGCUUCACCACCGGCGCCCCCAGCGAGCAGACAAACUCGGAGCUGCACGACGCCGUCCUCGCCCAGGCGGCCCAUCAACAGUAG